AUGAGAUUACUAUAUGCGUUCCCCGCGACUUGUGCGCUCAUCUACCGAGCCAAGAGCAGAAACUCGUUGACGCCCGCUGGCAUCUUCGCUGCGACUCUGACAGCGGCCGCACACGCUUAUCACCCAUGGAAUCUCCCAUUUGCACUCCUAUGUAUCUUCUUCCUGGCUGGAACCCGCGUGACACAUAUCAAAGAAGGCAUCAAGUCCAACUAUACCCUUCGCUCCAAGGGCACCUCUGGAGGAGAAGGGCCUCGAACACACGUUCAAGUUCUCGCUAACAGCUUGAUGGCCUCGGUCCUUACCCUACUCCACGCAAACCAAUUACGCAAACGAGAAACCGCACUUGCCGACCCCAAUACCCCGGAUCCUACGGGAUCGCUAUGCUUCUCUUGGGGCGGUGAUCUUUUGGUCGUUGGAAUCAUCGCCAAUUAUGCGGCCGUUGCGGCUGAUACCUUCAGCUCAGAGCUUGGUAUCCUGUCCACUGGUCAACCCCGCCUGAUCACGUCCCCAACGCUACGAAAAGUCCCCCGUGGAACAAAUGGCGGAGUCACGCUACUAGGCCUGGGUGCAGGUUUGCUAGGGUCGAUGAUUAUCGUCACUGCAUCCAUGCUGUUUCUGCCAUCAUGCAAUGAGGAAUCAGCUCACACGCCUGCAGGCGGUGCGCCAUGGACCAUGUUGGAGCGACGGAAGUUCAUGGGCUUCAUGGUACUUUGGGGUGCUCUUGGCAGUGUCCUAGACAGCUUCUUGGGUGGCCUUUUCCAACGGUCAGUCAAGGACGUACGCUCCGGCAAGAUCGUCGAAGGUGAAGGUGGUAACCGUGUCUUGGUGACUGAGUCUGCUGAGGAUGCUGCAGCGCAUGCGAAAAAGGCAAACGCUAGAGCAGCAGCCAUGCAGAGCCAGGGCACGACGCCAGAAGAGAAGCUGCAUGGUUCCGCUAUUGCAGAUGAUGACGAUGCUCAUGCUGGUGUCUAUGAUCCCAAGGACAAGCAUCGCAAGUCAAGUUUUGGAGAUCAGCGACCAUCGCGGGCCAUUGAGAACGGGUGGGAUCUUCUGGACAACAAUGAUGUCAACUUCCUCAUGGCGGUUGUGAUGAGCGUUGGCGGCAUGGCGGCAGCCGGCUGGUACUGGGACGUGCCCAUUCAGAGCGUCAUGGGCGUGUAG